AUGUAUGAUCCUCCCAGCAGUUUGCCUACACCUCCGCCUAUACCCCCCGCCGAACCCAUUCCUGCUCCCAAUGUGGAUGCGCCCUCCAGUCAGUCCGUGUCCAUUGAUCCAUUCCUCGUACCUCCACUCGCCCAGCAUGAAAACUCUACAGCCACAGAAGCUGUAGCCCCGUCGUCUGCACUACAUCAACGAGCAGUCACGACCCCGAUCAGCAGUAGUUGGGGAGAUGCCCCGUCGGAUCUACAAGUACAUAUGCGACAUGAGACUGCUCCUGGAAACACAGACGCCGGAAGCGCUGAUUUAGUUGCUGAUAACACCGGAUCAAGCCCCGAUCCCCCAACUGGAACGGGGUCCGUGGCGAUCAUGAAGAACAAGGAAGUCACCAGGGUUGCGGGUCAAGAUGUCCCGAAGAGGCAGCGAAGUCCUUACGUCAAGUGGAGCAAGGAGGAGGACGAUCUGCUUGCUCAGGCUGUCGCGAAAUACGGACAGAAAUGGGACUUGGUCCAGAAAGCGUUGCCAUCGAGGGGGUAUCAUCAAGUUCGUCAGCGAUGGCUUCGCAAGCUAGGGGUCUUCGACAGCAAACCAGACUUGUCUGCCUUUCAAACUGGUAGUUUCCCAGUCUGGGCUCGCACGCCGGGAUCACCCGUUGCAGCUGAACCUCCUCCAAAUCCGAAGCUGGGACUUGCACCUUUGAGUAGUGAACUUGCUUUUUCGUCUUUUUUAUCUGGGAGAGGGGAGAGUCGACCGUCAUAA